UUUAAAUUUAUUACGGUUACACCGGAGUCCGGAAUUGCAAUAAUACAUAACCCCAACCCCAACAUACAUGUAAUUUUUACUUAUAAUUUAUCCAAAGACCUCCAAAAAUGGAGAGUAAAUCAUUUUAUCGAAAUGUCUUCUUGCUAACGCAAAUGGUGCCACCGGGAAAAGAAUUCAAGAAGUAUUUCAAAGAGGGAAUGUUCGAUAAACCGAAUACUGUGGGUUUUAUCUACAUUUCUCACUACCUGUUAUCAACGUAUGAUGAGGAGCGUUUCAAAAAAUCAGUGGAUUGGCCAAUUCCGGAUAAAAAAGACGAGGGAAAAUACAGAAAUGAGGUAAAAGACUUCAUGAACGCAAUAGCCAUUGAAAAUCCCGAUGUUGAACUGUCACAAAUACUUCCCUCACAUCUGCACACAGCAAGUGGCACAAGAUUUAUAAAUCUCAUGUGGAAAUUAUCAACAAUAGUGUUGAGAUCAACAUUAAAAAAACAAGGGGCUGAGCCUCUGAAUAUGGCACCAAAAUCAGGGGACGAAGAUAUUCUCACUAAGAAUUUAUUGACCAAUAUUAUUGCGGAUAAAAAGAGAGAUAUUUUGGAGCUUCACAAGAGGAGUGUCUCCACUGAGACGAGAGCACAGACUCAAGCGACAGAAAUGGCUAAAUCCAUUGAGACUGGACAAUCGGAGUGGUUUGAGGUGAAGCAGAGGCUGGAGAAGACUGUAGCAGCAGCUACUGUUCAUCCUGAUAUUAAAAAGAGAAUGGCUGAUCCUAAUGACGUGGAGAUUGUGCAGAUGUGGAAGGAGAAUUUGGGAAAGGCUCUGGGGUACUUGAGGAGUCAGCAAGAUCUGCUCGAGAAAUUGACUGAAAGGAGUGAUAAAGUUGCUGCUGUCGUUGAUAGUGUGUUGAAUAGUGAUUGUAAUAAUCUAGAUGCUAAUAAUCUUCCCAGGAUUGAUACUCAGAAGCUGUUGGAAUUGGGGAAUUUAGAUCCUGACACUCAGGUUGCUGUACACCAUUUGUAUGAGGACAACAAGCUGAAUCUCAUGAAUCUCCUCACAAUUUUUCAAUGUCUGUUGAAACAUCUUCGUGUGGACAUUCAAAAAAAUUCAUUUCCAGAUUUUACAGACUGCAAUCUGCAGAUCCAAGCAAGUACUGAUGAUCUGAGUCAAAUGUGCGAGUUAGUCUCUUCGUUUCAGUCGACAGUGUCUCUUCUUGCGUCCAAAAUGAAACCACUGGAGAAUCCAGUACCCAAGAAUCACAAUCUCUCAUUUCGUCUGGAUUCUGAGGUGUUCCAGUCAGUCGUUCUCAAAUCAUCGCCAACGAUUCAUCUCAAUGCCAACAAUGAGCCUGAAAGGUACGAUGCAGCAGAGCGAUUGGAGUUGACUCCAGUGGAAAAUGUCCACAAGUCCCUGUUUAUGCGUUACAAAAAUAAUGAAACGCCGUCGAUGCCCAAGCCAUUCAAAAUCCGACCGAAACUUGUCGUCUCGAGGAUCAACUUCGAUGACUCGAUGUCGUCGACAGUCAGUGAAAAAUUCUCACCAGUCAAACGACCAGUGAAACCCAUUGGAUCAACAGCGAAGGGAAAAUUCUCCAGGCUAUUCAGCGCAAAUUUAAAGAAGAGCAUUCACAAUCAUUCCGCUGUAUCUCCAGGGCACUGGAAGACAAAUUCAAAUGACAGCAGCAUUGUUGGUGAUGUUUAUAACAUGUCUGAUUUGAAGCCUUACCUUGCGACAAAAAGUUCAUUCAAUCUGAGCAGAGAGCUCUCAGCUCCGAUGAAUUCGACACCUGAAAAAAUUGUUGGACAGAAGCAGAUGCUCUACGUGGAGAGGCCCGCCUUCAAUUCCACGGAAAUAGUCAGUGAAUUAUCAACAAUCUCGGAGAAUAUGGAGAUCAGACUGACUGUUGGGUCCAGUCCCAAUCUCCAGAGGAUGGAGAAAAGAGAGAAUAAUAGGAGAAUUUCCAUUGGUGAUCUUGUUGAGAAGUAUAAAAAAAUCCGAGAGCAGUCCGCUAACGUCACAUACCUGGAACACAGUGGAGAUAAUUCUGAUGAUAGUGCUAAGUCUUCGAUUUCUCCAGGAUCUCCACCCAUUGCCCUCCAGAAAGCUGUUACCAGUUGUUCAGCUGCUUCCUUGCGAUUACUCGAUGAUAAAGACGCUGCGUGCUCCUUCAUCGCCAUUAAUUGACCGAACAAUUCACCAAAGUCAGCAUUUUCUUCCCCCAUUAUUC